AUGAACGGAGAGAAUAUUCCAGGGACCAUCACAACCCCAGCCAUGAUGAGCCACCAAGCCAUGAUCCACCAAGCCAUGAUCUUGACCAAACAAAGGACGGGCGGGUCCUAUCGACAAGGAUUCCAUGGCCACGGUCCCCAGUCGCAGCCUCAACCCUCUACGGCCAUGGACGCUGAGUGGACAAUGGUCCCAGUGGAGCUCUCCAUCGUACCCAUCGGGCCUCCGCCGCCGCAGUGCCAAGCUAGACUAUAUACAUCAUCGGUUGACUCGAUCUCACUUCCGCUCGGAGUCGACCUCUUUGAGUUUGGUAAACGACUAUUCUGGUCUUCUGAUUUCUCAUGA